CCAAAACAUAUAUAGUUCCCUUUCUUUUUAUUUUUCACAACUAAAGACUAUGGCGAAGUUUGCUCACGUCGUUGCUUUCUUGCUUCUUGCAUCACUCUUUCAACCCCUCACUGCUCGAGAUUUGGAAAUCAAUGUCUUGCAACUUGAUGUGUCUCAGUCUGGUUGCCCAGGAGUGACAAAGGAAAGAUGGCCAGAACUUCUUGGAACACCAGCUAAGUUUGCUAUGCAAAUAAUUCAGAAGGAAAAUCCAAAACUAACUAAUGUUCAAACUGUACUGAAUGGUGAUGCUGUUACAGAAGAUUUAAGAUGUAAUCGAGUUCGUCUUUUUGUUAAUGUAUUGGACUUUAUUGUACAAACUCCCCAGAUUGGUUAAGGGAUGAUAUAUUUAUGUAGCCUCCAGAAAAUAAAUUGGAGCUGUAUGGUUAAUGUCUCCAUGUAUUCCCUUAUUUGGUUAUAAAUAAAUGUGGCUUUUAAUAUAAUGUGAUUUAUGAUUUA